AUGGAGGACCCUGAGAGGACCCGGGGUGCUGGGAUCCCAGCGACUCGCAUCCCACCGCGACGCUCGGGCGCCAUCUUGCGUCCGUUCCUCCGGCCGCUAGCUGACAGCCCCGAAACCACAACUCCCAGCUCCCGGCGGCUCAACUCUGCCCAGCGUGAAGCUGUUGCUCCCCCCAGGUUCCCCGGCGCUAGGACGGGGGUCUGCGGACGGUUGGGGCGCAGAGGAGGGGGCCUGAGGGGAGGAGGCCAGGCGGCCCUGCCUCCUGGGACCAGCGCUCCCAAAUUCUCCUCGGCGUCCGGCCGUCCGCGCUCCCGGGGCCUCGGCGUUCCAAGGCCAAGGCGCCCAGGGCGGCCCGGGUUGGCGAGGCCAUGUUGGGCUCCGGCCCGCACGGCCCCCUCGCUCCGCGCCAGCGCCUGUCACCCCCGGCCGAGGGCCUGCGCGCCCAGACAGAUAUGGGAUGGUGUGGGACUUCUAGGGGCCACAAAUGCUCCUUUUCCUGGAGAUGUGACCCAAGCUGAGCUGUUCCACCAUCUUCCUGACGAUCCGUGCUCCCGUCCUGAAGCCCUGCUCUUCCUCUCCGUCCUGUCUCUCCAGUUGGCUCCCAUUCCACUGGCUGCAGCUCACACAACUGUCGGAACUUCCCUGUGCAUGUUGCACAUGUGUGCUUCUAUCCUGCUUAUUUCAGUGGCCAGGAGAGUGCACAUGGGUGGGGGAUUCGUAAUUCAUUAAUCAGCACAAGGCACCGGACCAGUUUCAACACCAGAGGCUCCACGGGUGACUCAGCGGGAACGCUCCCACUCAAGGCGAUGGACAGACCAAGAGCCCCGUUUGUGAAAUGCUUCCCCAUAAAGACAUUUGGCUUUCUCCUGCCUUUGGGGUUUUGGGUUGUUGGUUUUUUCCGGUGGUGGGGUAGGGGUGGUUUGGCUGUAGAGUGCUCUCCCUCCUUCCUUCCCUCAGGCCUGGGCUGGGACUUGCUGGGCGGGAUACCUAGGGGACCCAUAAGCCUAGAGCUUCCCUGGAGAGUCUGCCUUCAUCCCUCUACAGAGGGCUGCCAGGGAGAGUGCAAAGGAAACAGCUCCCCUCUGGGGCAUGCAGACAUCCCCACUUCGUGACUUUUCCUGGGGGACAGUCCUUUGGUCUCCAAAGCUUGAAUGCUCUAGAACCCGACCAGCAAUUAAAUCAUUUUGUAGUAAA